GCUCGGUGUUUUGAUUUCAUUCAGUCAGUGCUUAGCGAUUUUGCGGUGUUGUUUACAGUGCUCAGUUGAAGAACAAAAUUUAAAAAUCAUUCAGUUCCCUUAUAACUUGUCCCACAAUUACCAGUCCAAAACCGAAGCAAGAAUGGAUGAGAACCUGUGCCAGGAGCUGUUGGCCAAUCUGCAGCUGGAACAGACUCGGAAAACCGCUCUGACCGAGAUCAAAAACACACUGAUUUCGUCCAGCAACGCCUCCGCCAUAUCCAACAGCUUUUUGAAGUCGCCGGAACUGCUGAACUGCCUGGAGGAUGCCAACAGCGAACAAACGCUGCUAGCGUGCGACAUUCUUUCGAUCUGUAUGAGCACCCUGGCCAUCGACGAGUCCAGCGAGGUUAAGAACGUUAUCGAGAAAUCGUUGAGUCACGUCAAUCCCCGGGUGCAGGCCUUCGGAUUGCGGGAGCUUCGGCGAAUCGUCCAAUCGCGCUCGGUCGAUGGUUUCGUGAAUGAAACGCUGAUCCUGCUGGUGAUCAAGUGUUUGGCCUCGGACGAUACCAGUGUCGGAACGCCAGCGAUUGAGCUUUUGCGGUUGAUGUUGCCGCGGUUUGUCCAGCUGAGAAGCGUUUUGGAGAACCUGGAGGGUCUGCUUGGCAAGGGGGAUGUGGUUCGGUGCCGGUUGUAUGAGCUGGCCGUUAGGUUGGCCAAACAGUCGGAGGAACUCUUGGCGGCAAUGGAUAAGUUCUUGAAGAAAGCGGUUCAAGAAUUGGACGGGGAAGAUGUGCUAUUGCAGCUUAAUGUUCUGCAAAUUUUGUCGGAACUCUCCGAGGGGAACCACGGAAUGGCCUAUCUGGAGAACAACGGGGUAUUCGACAAGCUAAUGGUCAAAAUCCAAGGCCUGGGUGAAGAUCCGUUGGGCACCAUUUUGAUCCCAGGCUUGAUGAAGUUUUACGGAGGAGUUGCGGCGAUUCAUCCGGCUAAAGUCUACGACGGUUAUCCGAAGGUUAUCGAAAUGCUGUUCGAUUGUCUGGCUUCGGAGGAUAUGACGAUACUGCCAACGGCUUACGAUACCUUGGGAUGCAUUGCGGCAGCGAACGAGGGCAAAAGGCAGCUCCAUUACAAGCACGGGGCAGCGUUGAAGAAGACGUUGCAGCAUUUUAGCAAAGUGAUCCGCAAUCUGCCGAACGAUUUGAAGAUUCGCUUGCUCGGCUGCCUGCGGUCGAUGUUUGCUGUGGAUUCUGCUGAUAAUCAGAUUUCAUCAAUCACCCAGGAAUGGUACGGCAACCUAGCCGAGCAGGAAAAUCUCAACCUGGUGAUGGACUACAUCAAGAAUCCUUUCCCGGACAUGAAGCGAGCCGCUUUGGGACUGCUGAAAGCCAUUGUGGGACACCGCUGGGGACAAACCUACUUGCUGAACACGGGUGGUUUCGUGGAGUACCUUCUGGACCGGAAGCAGGAAGCCGACAAGGAUGUGGUGCUGGACAAGUACGAAGUCAUCCGGGUGCUGGCCGCGUCCACGGUGUUCGAUGAGCAGACGGCGUCCGAGCUCCGGAGAUACGUGGCCGAGGGCGCAUUCUACGUGCAGGGCAUUACCGAAGUUGCCAUCGAAGGGGCUUCGUAAACGGGUUGGGGGGAAGCUGGACUGGCUUUGUGUGA